AUGGUUGCUGUGCAGUGCACGAGCCCGGACACCAGCUUCUCAAGUGCGUCCGACAAUGCUGGCCCCACUAAUGAGCUUCUUGGUCUCAGCGAUGGCUCCUCCAUCGUGGAGGUGCAUGUGCCACUUCAAAAGCAGUUCGACUAUUUGGACUUUAAAUUGCCAUCAUUCAGCCCAUAUGAAGAGGUCCUACAGCGGAAAGAGCCCGUGGGGGGACCGGUGAGGCGCGCAAUCAUCAACCGCCUUUUUCAAGCUUGUUUCGAGAUAGUAUGGUACCCUUCUAAGGAGCUUUACUGCACUGCUGUGGAACAACUGAUUCAAAAAUAUCCGCACUUGCGUGACAAUGUAAAGAAAGGUAGUGGCAUGGAAUCGUGGAAAGUUGCCCUCAAGAACAAGUUUAAGAACAACAGAAAGGCAGUGAAUGUGUCGUCGGAAAUGCAAGCGGUUCGGGCCCAGGGCUACCGCAAAACUCCCAGGGAGCCAGUGGUGGAGGUGGCGAACAAGAAGCUAUGCCGCCUCUCUAACAACAAUGACCUCAUCAUUUAUGGAGAGACCUUGGAGUCACGACAAAAACAUAAUGAGUGGCUGCAGGAACAUUUUGCAACUGCUGAUCCAGAAGAUUUGCGGCCACGUCUUCUUGCAACAGCCAAGGAACGGCACGAGUGCCUUCGGCGAGUCACGUUGUCGGAGGCGCUCCUGCAGUAUCCUUUCCUGGCAACAGAACACUCGCUGCUGAUGGAGUUCAACAUAUUGUUCAAGAGAACAAUACUCGACAGUAUUGAGCAUGGCUGCAGCCGUCUGUGUAGCAUCAUUCUAGACCACGCGGAGCAGGACGAGGUUGUGCGGUUCUCUGCCAUGGCUUCUGGUAGUUUUAUGUGUUUCUAUUUUUUAUAGAUUUUCAGUGUUGACAAAACUGCUACUCCUUUCAGGGAUCAACCAUUUCUGUACAUACAUGAGUUACUUUAUAAUAAAAUUUUUUGCAUAAUUACUUUUAUUCACUUGAGCUAAAUGUACCCAGAGCAAGUAACUUCUUUACUAUUUCACAUGCAAGCUACAACAGGUUUUUUCAAGCUGUAGAGGAUUAACCAGUAUGAGAGAGCAUGCCGAGUUUGUAGGAGCCUGCUUAAUGUGACUUCAUGUGAUGAUUCUGAUUGGUAACUGUCUUCUAAAGAUGUAGUUCUGGCACCACACUGAAUUUUCUGAUUCAAAACUAGAAAUCUGCAUGAGGUUACUAACAUCCGGAUUGGAUUCUUGAACACUAAGAAUGAGCUGUUUUCUUUGUAAUAUGCUGUCUAAGGUGUGCUUGAGAUGGCCAGGAAUGUUGACUACACGGCAUGGGUACACUUUCCAACGAAUAUGAAACAGCUUUGCAAUAAUAUAACAGCAUUGCAAACAACUGUUGCAUUAAAAGUUUAUAGCAAAAACUACAACUUGGAUAACAUUCUUGCAUAAGCAGACCGAGAUAAAAUGAAGACUUAGAUGUGGUGCGUGCAUCUACCUUUUGUCCCUGUGUGCUUGCGCAAGAAUAUAGAAGUUUGCAUGCCAACAAGCCCAGCAUGCAGCAGCGCUACAGAAAUGGCAAGAUGUGUGCCC